GACAAAGAUAUAUUUGAGAUGUAACGAAGCGAUUUGCUUAAUGUUCGGUACUUUGAAUAUUCUUUUCCAAAAAACAUUAUCGUCGAGUGAAAUUCUUUAGCGUUGCAUGAAUUGCCAAUCGAAUCGAUAUCAAAUUUUGUACACGUAUAAACAUGGUUCCCCGAAAAAAAGAAGAUUGUGUUUUCGUUUGCUAAAUUAUGUAAUUAUAUCUUUGAAAUGAAUAUCGCUGCACAAGCAACGUUGGAUCAAUUUUGUCAAUAAUUUUUUUUGUGAUCUCGAAAAGUCGAAACACAGUUAUCGAAGAAUCAAUGCGUCUUGUAGAAGAGUUAUGUCGCACGGAAUUACGCUGAUUGUUUUACGCGAGAUAAAUACAACGAUGUCGUGCAAUUGCAAAUAGAUCAUUAUUUUAUGAUUAUUUCGAACGCUGGUGAACGCGUGUAAAACAAUUUUGAAUUACUGCUUCAUAAUUUAGGUACUAUUCGUUCGAAAAUUGAUAGCGCCCUUAUCUAGUCAUAAACGGCGGCUACAUUAUCGCCUUGAAAUACUCCGCUAUUGAAGAAAAUCAGUAUGAUUCGAGUCUUUUAGUAUGUACACGUAAAUUCCUGUUUUUUGGUUAUGUACUUAUAAUACAAGAUUACAUAUAGGUCAAUUAGAUACGAAUUUAUUGGUAAUCAGGAAAGAUUAACAUCUGGCAACAAAAAAAUUUGUACGUCCAUGAAAAGUUGGCAAAAGUGCGUGCUAUACACGAUUUAACAUGUCGAUGCAAACGUGUGGACGCGAUCAACGAAAAAUGAUACAGGUGGUCGAUCAGAUCAAAUUGCUUGCCAACAAUUUGGACGAUUUGCGAGAGGAAAUUUGUUCGCUGCGAAAUAAUUAUCUCCCGAACAACGGGAGAACUUCAGCCGGCACGAAGAUGGGAGGCGCACAGCCACGUGUUUUACGUAAAUUAGGCAAAUCCAUAAAAGCAAUUGCACCGACGAAUCUGCCAGGAGCAGCCUGGAAGAGACCUACGAAAGAACCAGAGAUUUGCUUCCAUCAUCCGAACUCGGACGCAUCGUUAUUCUCAUCUUUGAGGUACAUGUUUCGUUUUGGGAAGAGGAAAAAGGCCGUCGAAAUGCCCGCACACUUGAAAGACGACAGCAGCCAAACGGAUCAAACGUUCGACAAGAAUUCCUCGCGUUCGCUCGACGGAUCAUCGUUCUCCCAAAAACAGUUGAAACGUGUUGCACGAUUCUCGGAGAUAAGUUGCGAGUUGGAUUCACGCGUGAUAGACCCGCUAGCCGACACCUCCGUCAUCCAAACGCAAAACGGCGCUCAAGGCAAAGAACUAUGUUUAUUGGACGACGACAAGCUCUUUGCGACCGUGUGCACGCAGACCAGUUCGCAAAAACCAAGGAGAAGGCGCAUGAACUUCAAUUUCCAUUCAAAAAAUCCGAACUUCUACUUCUCGAAGAUUAAGAACGCCGUGAUCACGAGGAAGAUCGUUGGGAACCCGAAUGAAAACGCGCUCACGGUCUGCGGAAGAAUCAUCCGCGAAAACUAUCCUAACGCGAGCAAGAAAUUUUACGAGGACUCUCCGUACAGAACGAGGAGAAGCGACAACAAUGUACACGCGAUCGCUCGCGAAAAUAGCAGCUACUCCUCGAUCAACAACGAUGAGAGUCUGAAAAAUAACUUGUCCAUCAACGAGUACAAUGCAACAGAUAAUUCCUCCAUCGACGGGGAAUCGGAAGCAACGCCCGUCGCUUCCGUUUGCUUGAGUUUGGAGGUAGACGUUUCCGACAGUUCCAGCAAACUCGAGGAAUUCUGUCCGCAAAGGAAACCGAGAACGUACACGAUAAGAAAACCGUCGCAGAACCGUAACGAGAACAGUCGACACGAGAGAAUAGUUCACGCGGGGCCGAUUUCCGAUUUAACUCUAUCCUCGCACAGUUUGUCUAGUUCGAAAAUUCCUGCGACAUGCGCGACAAUCGAGAACACGCUCGGUUAGUGCCUAAAAUGAAAAAAAGAGAGAGACAGACAUUAAUUCAUCGUAACUUUUACGUAACUUUCUUUUUAUUAUGCUCGUGUCGUUUCUAAGUUCAUUCGACGGUAUCGUAAAAUACAAGCUCCCUUCGCUUCGUGAAA